GACGAUGACAGAGGUAUAUCAAUCUGUUAAAACUUCUACAUCAAAUCCACAAACAAGUUUCUAUAAGAACCAACAAAAAUCUGCAGACAAAAAAGCUCUUAACAUGGUUGAGAAAUUUAGCUGCGUUUAAUCCAUAUGUACAUAUUGCUCAACCAAAGCCAAGUUCUUCAACCAUGAAAAACCCAACUGGUUCAAUCAUUUUCUUGUUUCUCACAAUCUCUUUCUUGAUUCCACACACAAAUUCAAAGACUUUGAACCAUUUGAAAAGAGGAUCUUCUCUGUCUGUUGAGGGUGGUUCAGAUGUCAUUACCUCACCAGACAAUUCAUUCACUUGUGGGUUCUAUAGCGUUGGUACCAAUGCCUUUGGUUUUGGAAUUUGGUUCACACAAUCAGCCAAAACAGUUGUUUGGAUGGCUAACCGAGACAAACCCGUCAACGGCCUCGGCUCCAGCCUCUCUCUCCGGCGAGAUGGAGCUAUGGUCCUGACCGAUGUCGAUGGCUUGAUGGCUUGGCAGACCAAUACCAGCUCUACUGAUGUUGAUAGAGCAGAGCUUCUUGAGACAGGCAACCUUGUUUUGAAGAACUCAAAUGGUAACAUUCUCUGGCAAAGCUUUGAUUUUCCUACUGAUACUCUUUUGCCUUUUCAAACAUUUACCAAGAACAUGAAAUUGAUAUCUGGGUUGAGAAAUGGAAGUUUUGCUUCUGGGUAUUUCAGUUUGUAUUUUGAUAAUGAUAAUGUGUUGAGAUUGAUCUAUGAUGGGCCCGAGACAUCGAGCUUGUAUUGGCCUAAUCCUGAUUUGAAUCUCUACCAACAUGGAAGAACAAACUAUAACAGUAGUAGAAUUGCUGUUUUGGAUGAUAUGGGUGUGUUUUUGUCAAGUGAUAGGUUGCAAUUUAGUGCUUCUGAUAUGGGUUUUGGGGUCAAAAGGAGGCUUACUAUGGAUUAUGAUGGCAAUUUGAGGCUUUAUAGCUUUGAUAAUUUGACAGGAUUGUGGGUAGUUUCAUGGGAGGCUCUUACACAACCUUGUAAUGUGCAUGGUUUAUGUGGUAGGAAUGGUGUUUGUGUUUAUGCCCCAGAGCCAAAGUGUUCAUGCCCUCCUGGUUAUGAACUCAGUGAUCCAAGUGAUUGGAAUCAAGGUUGCAAGCCUAAGUUCAAUUUGUCUUGUUCAAUUUCUCAGCAGAUGAAAUUUGUGGAGCUUCCAUGUACAGAUUAUUAUGGGUUUGAUCUUAAUUAUAGCCCAUCAAUUUCAAUUCGAGAUUGCAGGAAACUCUGCUUGGACGAUUGCCAUUGCGAAGCGUUUAGCUAUAGGCUGGACGGGCAGGGGGUAUGUUUCACAAAAAGUGCCCUUUUCAGCGGCUACCAGUCUCCAAGUUUCCCUGGAAAGAUUUACUUGAAACUGCCCAUGAAUGUGGAAGCAUCGGGAGAAUCAGAACAAACAAUAUAUAAUAGCUCCAAACUCGUAUGUAGAUCCACUGAUGCUGAAGUUGUAGUGAGUUUUACUUCAGUCAAAUGGGUUUAUUUGUACGCCUUUGCUUCAGCCAUUGGUGCGAUCGAAAUCCUCAUUGUUGUAACGGGUUGGGUUUUUUUCAUGAGACAUGAUUUGCCAGACACACUUGAAGAUGGGUAUCGCAUGAUAUCGAGUCGAUUCAGAAGAUUUAGCUAUGCCGAACUCAAGAAAGCAACAAAGAAAUUCAAGGAAGAGCUGGGAAGAGGUGGCUCGGGGGCUGUUUAUAAAGGUGUUUUGGCUGAUGAAAGGUUGGUGGCGGUGAAGAGAUUGGGAGAUGCAUUUCAAGGGGAAAAAGAGUUUUGGGCAGAAGUGAGCACAAUAGGGAAAAUCAACCACAUGAAUCUAGUGAGAAUGUGGGGAUUCUGUUCAGAAAAAAGGCACAGACUCUUGGUCUAUGAGUAUGUAGUAAACAGUUCACUUGACAAGCACUUGUUCUCUAACAACUUUCUUGGUUGGAAAGAGAGGUUUAAAGUUGCAAUAGGGACAGCCAAGGCUUUGGCCUACCUUCACCAUGAGUGUCUAGAAUGGGUUAUCCAUUGCGAUGUAAAGCCUGAAAAUAUACUUCUGGACGGUGACUUUGAACCAAAAGUUGCGGAUUUUGGGCUGGCAAAGCUGUCUCAGAGAGGUGGUACUGACUCAGAAUUUUCUCGUAUUCGAGGAACGAAAGGGUAUUUGGCUCCUGAGUGGGCUAUGAACCUACCCAUCACUGCAAAAGUGGAUGUGUACAGCUAUGGAGUGGUGAUUUUAGAGAUGGUUAGGGGAAUUAGACUUUCAAAUUGGGUGGUGGUGGAUGGUGAGGCGGCGGAAGCAGAGCUUACAAGGUUUGUGAGGAUAGUGAAGAGGAAAAAUCAAUGCGGAGAAGAGUCCUGGCUAGCGGAGAUAGUGGAUCCAAGAUUGGGAGGGCAGUUUAGCAGGAACCAAGCAGCAACACUGGUUGAAAUCGGUGUUUCCUGCAUUGAGGAAGAUAGAAACAAGCGACCAACAAUGGCUUCGGUACUUCAAAUUCUAGUAGAGUGUCAAGACGAUGAAUCAAAAGACUACAUUUGAUGCCGGACACACGGACACAACAACUGAUGAAGUUAACUUGGCCAAAUUUCAUCCUUAAAGACUUUCAAAUUUGUGCCUAUGCUACUUUUGUUUUUUUUGUUUUUCCGUUGUUGCUGUUGUUGCUGUGAUAAUCUGAUUUUGAUGCCGCUUUUUUGGGGCAUACUUUAGAACGUUAUAGAAUUCUAACUCAAAAUUUAUUUUUGGGUAAAUUUUAAUUUUUUUUCUUUACUA